AUGGCUCCAAUCCCUUUGGAAAUACCGGAUUACAUCACACAGCUCUACCAAGAUCCACAACGCCACUAUCAUAACCUCGACCACAUCAACCACAUGCUGAGCCUCAUACCGACCGACCACCCUAACGGACGCGAAUUGACAUAUGCAACUUGGUUCCACGACUGCGCAUACGAUCCCCAAGCGAAACACGGCGUCAACGAAACAGAGAGCAUGCAGCACUGGGAAAAACAUGUUGAAGAGCGAGGAGAAGAGCUUUCUGAUAUCAAGGAAAUAGUUUGCCUCAUGAUAGAUUGCACGAUCACUCACACAGUACCUUCCGCCUCUCCAGUUUUAGUACAGAACGAAACAAAGACACACCUAGUACAACGGUUCCUCGAUAUGGAUAUGGAUAUUUUGGCGUCACAACGGGAUGAUUAUCUUGAGUACACCAGAAAGGUGCGGCGAGAGUAUGGCUAUUUCACGGAUGAAGACUUCCGGAAGGGUAGGGCAAAGUUUCUCAGAAGCGAGUUGAAAAAAGAGAGGCUGUUCUAUCUAGAUGAGAACGAGGGGAAGAAUGAGAUUGCGCGGCAGAAUAUGAGGGCGGAGCUUGCUAUGUUGGAGGAAUGUUUGUGA